AUAUAAAAAUUUCCGCUGGGAUACGAGGGCUAUACAGAAGGCCAUCGUCGCGGGCGCAGAUUCCAGAAGAGUAUCUGUAAACGACUGAAGACAAGACAAUGGCGUUGUUAAAAAGUGUUUGGAAACUUGGAAUUUUUUAUGCAUUUCUCGCCAGUAACGGCUUGGUUUAUGGUUUAUCAUCUCUGAUAAUAAAUGCUACGUCUGUGAAAGUUGGCUAUUUAUGGGAUAAUCCAAGACAGGAAAAUGUAGACACUUCAGAGGUAGUAAUGGACAGUAAACACUCAUCAAGCAUACUUAGAUUGAUUUGCGAUGUUUUACCACCAUUACCAAAUGAUGGAGAACUUUGGGAGAAAAAAGAUGAACUUGUGAAGUGGUAUAAAGUGGGUCCCAAGACAGAGGAAGUGAAGAGAAUGCGUUAUUGGUCCAGUGAUAUGACAAAGACUGCCAUUUCAUUCUCAAAUGUAACACUUGCUAUUCUUGGAACUUACUCAUGUAGCUAUGGUGAUAUUUCAGCCACCAUUGAUGUUUUAGUGGCUGAUGUGAAGGCAGCUAAAGCCUUUAAGGCACCAGGUAAUUUGACGGAACUUCACACUUAUGUCUCUUAUAUGAAAGAUAAAUCAGGGAUACAUGGAUGGACAGAGCAACAACAUCUCUUACAGUCCAUUGGAACAAAAGACUACUGUCCUGUAUUACAGAGUCCUCAUCAACCUGCAAGAACAGUUCAUCAAUUGCACCCAUCUGACAUCAAAAUUGUUGCUGCCAUGGGCGAUGCAUUUACAGUGGGACUUGGAGCAAGAGCCUCGUCAGUAAAUGGAUAUUUCACUGAAUACAAAGACAUCUCAUGGAGCAUUGGAGGAGGAAACUGUUUGAACCAAACAACAACUAUACCAAAUAUUAUUAGACAAUUUAGUCCGUCAUUAAAGGGUGCAUCAACUAAGACCUCAGAGAGGGAAGAUAGCUUUGAUGCUGAUCUUAAUGUUGCCUUCCUUGGUGCCUCUGCAAGGGAUCUUGAAGGUCAAGCGAAAGACCUGGUUUUAAAACUGAAAGCUAUGAAGGAUAUUGACUAUGAGAGUGAUUGGAAGCUUCUAACCAUUUGGAUUGGAACAGAAGAUCUUUGUCAAGUGUGUAACAGUGAGGACGAAUAUGGUGCUGGCUCUUUCAUAAAAAAUGUGAUGCACACACUAAAGUAUCUUCAAAAUGAGGUUCCCAUGAUGUUUGUGAAUAUUGUUCCACCCAUGGAUGUCUCUUCUCUCUACCAGUUACAUGAACAAGAGUCAUGCCAAAUUCUGGGAUGGGAUUCUUGUGAGUGUUUGAAGAAAGGUGAUGCUGAGAGGUUGAAAGUAGCCAAAGAAGCUAAACAAUGCAAGUAUCUUCUAGAAGAACUUGUGAACAGUGGUUUGUAUGGAACAAAGGACAGCUUUGCUGUGGUUAUUCAACCCGCCCUUCAAGUGCCACCGAAAGCUAAGCAGAGUGGUGAUUUAGAGAAAACCUAUUUUGGUGUGGACUGCCUUCAUUUCUCAGUACAUGGCCAUGCAGCAGCCGCUUUGGCUUUGUGGAAGAAUAUGUUGGAGCCACUUGGUUCUAAGACAAAGCAGUGGGGAGAUCAGGAGACACUCAAAUGCCCUUCAAAGGAUAAGCCAUAUCUUUUCACCAAAACAAACAGCAAACUCGUGAUGAGUGAUUUCACUGAUGAUGAUGAUGAUGAGAAUGGUUCAUCAUCUGGCGACUUUCCUCCCGUUGCUGCUGUGGCCCUGGCUGUGUCCUUAACAGCUGUGUUGGUUAUUGUUUUUGUGAUUGUAUGGAGGGGCCGAAAAUCACGACGGAGACCCGAGGCAUUUCGACUGCUCUAUGCCCCAGGACCUCAAAAACCAAGGAUAUGAGACAGACUUAGUGUAGUCAGUUGAAAUUAUGAAGCAGAUACAUUAGUGAUUUUCAUAAGCAGCUGGCUGGCUACUUUGAUAACCCUGUGCUCAUCAUUUUUGGAAGGUGCAAAUGUACAUUUGCAGUUCCAGUUUUAAGGCCAGAUGAAAGUCAGUGAGUGUCAAAGCUGACCAGAGUUUUGAAAUAAGAGCUGGAGAAUCCCUCUGUUUAAAUUCUGUCCACACUGUCAUUAUUAGCUGGUCAUACAGGUUUACAUAAGAAUAUCAUCCACCUUUCAAGAGGGGAAAAACCUGACAGGUCAAUAAUUGAAAAGUUGAUCAAGUUCAAAUUAGAUCAGAUUAGAGAGUGCAAGAGAACGCGAGACUUGGUGACAGGCAAACAAGAGGAAACAGAACUUAAAAGUAUUUAUUUACUGCAUGUACUGUAAGUGACAAUCUAGUUACAACAAGUCCAUCACUUUGUUUUGUUCAGCUAUGCAUAGAGUUAAAUGAAAUUCCAAGGGAAUGGUAGUUUCUAAAGUCAAAAUGUUUAAAGAAAUGUGUGGAGCUUAAUUGGAAUUUCAGGAGGAUCAGGUGGAUGGGGGUUUAACCAAAAAGGCCCUUUGUUAGGGGGUGAGGGGAUAUUUUCUGGAACAACAUGAAACCAGAAAGGUUCCAUACAGCUUGAACCGUUUUAGUAGUUCUGAAUGAAGGAACUUAUUCACAAAUACUACUCAAAAGUACAGGUCAAAAGGAAGUCAUCAGCCUGUUCUAUGAUUCACCCCGAGGCAAGAAAUUUAAUCUACAAAGAUGUACGAACCAAAUAUUUGUAUGUAAAUUAAUGAUGAGAUUUGAAUUAAUUAUGCAAGGUAUACAGAAGUUGUAAAUAGCUUACAUGUAUAUUAAUAUUUUCCUGGACUUGUACUCAGUUAAUCCAUCUCUCUUGGACACUAUUUAUACGAACAUUUUUUGUUUGUUUGUGUAAAUAUUGUCUAACAAGCGUUGGAUACUAUUUGUGAUCUCUUGUGACCAAAAAUAUUGUCAUGUAGCAAUUAAAUGCGAGUUAAAGUAAACAAAUUUUGAAUAGCUAAAACCUUC